AUGGAGAAAUAUUUUAAGAAUUGGUUAGAGGCACUAGAGAAGUACUUAGAAGCAAAGAAAUUGGUUUUAAAUGUAGCAAGGUUUAAGGUUUUGGUUUUCGGGAGAAAAAGUAGUAGGAAGGUAUGGAAGUGGAGGGGAGAAGGUAUUGAGGAAGUCAAGGAGUUUACAUAUCUGGGAUUUUUAUUUAAGAAAAAUGAGAAUGUAGAAGAUCACGUCAAAGAAAGAGUUAAAAGAGCAGAUAUAGUCAUGAAGAAAAUAUGGGGCAUAGGGGAAAACUUAUUUAAAGAAGACUGCCCGAGAAGAAUGAGAAUGUUUGAGGCGCUUGUACGGAGUGUUCUAAUGUAUGGAGUUGAAAUAUGGGGAUGGAAGGAAUAUGAGGAGGUAGAAAAGUUUCAUGAAAAAUACAUUAGAUGGACGCUAGGAUUGGACAGAUGGACGCCAUGGUAUAUAGUUCUGAAGGAGGUUAAUAGGGAAAAAAUCAAAGUAAGAACAGGUAACAUGGCUUGCAAAUACGAAGAAAGACUGUUCGAGAGCAAGGGCAGAACUAUAGUGAAAGCGUGCUUGAAGGAAAGAGAAAAUGGAAAAGGGGAUGAUUAUGGAAUGAAAGAAAGAGAAAUGUACUUGAAUAGGUGUGGUUGGUCAAAGGAAUAG